AUGACUCUGAAUAUUGUAACAAUUCCGGAUGCAUAUAUAUUGAAGAGAUGGACAAAAGCAGCCAAAACAGGAAAUGUGCAUGUUUCCAGUGAAAGUAGCCCGGAAAUGGAGUUAAAGGCAAAAUUAAGUUUUCGUUACAAAGAGUUAUCCUAUCUAUAUAUGCAGCUGAUGACAAAAGCUUCUGAAUGUGAUGAAGCUUAUCAAAUUGCUAAAGAUGGAUUUUGGAAAAUGUCAGAACAAAUGGAUGCAUGUUGUCAAGGGAAAAAGAAAAUGAAAGAAGUGCGUAUUGAAGAAAAUUGUAGUGCGUAUCAAGAUGUUGACACUAAUCCAUCUGAAGUUGCCUAUAAUAAAAUAAAAGGCAUCAAAGUGAAAGAAAAAGUCACCUACAAGUCGAGCAAGAGGCCAAGAAGUGCACUGGAAAUGGCUACUAAGAAACGCAAGUACAAGGUGAAAGAGAAGUCUUCAUCGAAAAAAUUACAGGAAUUUGGAAAUAAUGUUGUUCAUUCAAGUAUGGAUUCUGCUACAAUUCAAGGUUUUGUUCGAGAAUUACCACCCCAGCAGGCACAAGAACUGGGAAAUAAUGAUGAUAGUGAUCAACAAGUUGCUAAACAUGAAUGA